AUGCAUCGCCACCUCCAAGCGGGUCAAAACGAGAUUGGCAACACACAGCGCCAGGUCGCUGCGACCGAGCAGGAGCUACAACGCGAGCGGGAAGGUCACGAGCUGCUCCACCAGCAAUUCGCAGAGCUGCAAGAAUGCCACUUUAAGCUUCUGAAAGAAUACGAGGGCUCCGAGAGGCUUUGUGAAGAUCUCCAUAGAUCUGCGCAAGACUCGAAGACAUUCGCUGACGAGGUCGCCAGGCGCGUCGAAGGCCUGGUGAGCAGCCCUCAGACCAGGCUGGCUGAAGGCAAAGCAGGGGAAUUAAGCAAUGGCCAAAGCAUCAGUGCGAUGAUUCUAGAGUCGGCCAAAAAUGCACUGCUUGUAGAGGCAGUAUCUGGUCAGCAUUCGGAAGACGAGCAUUUCACCAAGUUGAAGCACGUCAUGGACCAAAACGUGGAGCUGCAGCAGCGCAACAUGGCGCUCUCCAAGCAGAUUGAGACACUUUCCCAGCAAGUCGAAGAGGGGAAGAAUGAGCUGGCAAGCCUGAACAAAGCUCUCGAGCUCGCUGCUGAAGGCGGGCGGCGAAAGAAACCUCGACGGGGGAAGAUGUCGGCAAGCAAGGGCUGA